AAAACAUGCAUGGAAAAGUUUGCACAAUACCUGGCUUCUGUCUAUGUCUAUAUAAGAUAGCUACAGUGCUCUUGAAACCCUUACAGACCCAGAUUGGGCAGGACAUUUGGAGUGUUCUUCAGGUCCCUCCAUUAUGAUCUCCUGGCCAACCAUCUACCAUGUUCUUGAAGAAACAGUGCCCUUGUAUGUAGCUAUGAUAGUGGCCUACUUAUCCAUACAAUGGUGGAAGCUGUUCACCCCAGAGCAAUGCUCUGGGAUCAACAAGUUUGUGGCGAAGUUCUCCAUUCCUUUGCUCUCUUUCCAGAUCCUCUCUACAAACAAUCCUUAUGACAUGAACCUAAAGCUCAUAUUCUCAGACAUCCUACAGAAAUCGAUAUCCUUGCUGGGGUUUGCAGUUAUCUCUAAAGCAUGUUGUGUGGAGAAGUUUGAUUGGCUGAUUACAGGUUUUUCUUUAUCAACACUACCGAAUACCUUGAUUGUUGGCAUCCCAUUGCUGAAAGGAAUGUAUGGCAAUGAAGCUGUGAAGCUGCUAAGUCAGAUAGUUGCCUUACAGAGCCUAAUUUGGUACACACUUCUCUUGUUACUGUUUGAGUUUCGGGCUGCUAGAGGAAUGGAUACCACAACAUCAUCUGAAACUGCAAAUGAAGCAGAAUCAGGUACUCCGGCACCUAUGCAGGAAAGACACGAAGAGGGCCAAACAAAAGGAGUAUCAGCAAGAUGUUAUAGUGCUUUUCGCUUUUUGUUGGUGGUCGGUAGGAAGCUAGUGAUGAAUCCAAAUAUGUAUGCAAGCCUAAUAGGCCUAAUCUGGGCACUGAUCAGCUUCAGGUGGCGAAUACAGUUACCAUCGAUCGUCAGCAAUUCCAUAAGAAUACUUUCAGAUGGAGGGCUAGGGAUGGCAAUGUUCAGUCUAGGCCUUUUCACCGCCCUACAAACUAAAAUGAUAGCCUGUGGAACCAAAAAGAUGCUACUAUCGCUAGGCAUCAGAUUCUUCCUAGGACCAGCCAUGAUGGUGAUCUCUUCCUAUGCCAUAGGAAUGCAUGGGACUCUGCUGAAGGUGGCUAUCAUACAGGUAGAUUCUAGUCCUUUCAUUUGUAUCGUCCAUUCUAACACAACCGCGUGGACUUCAACGACAACCGUGAUGCUUCACCUCUCAAGUUCUGCACAGGCAGCUCUACCUCAAGGAAUCGUGCCAUUUGUGUUUGCGAAGGAGUAUAAUGUGCACGCUGAUAUUCUGAGCACUGCAAUAAUUGUCGGCAUGAUGGUUGCGGUUCCUGUGGCCCUGGGUUACUACUUCGUCAUCGACCAUCCCAGACUCUAACCAUCCCCUAUUUUGCAAAAAGAUAGAUUUGAAGCCAUUCAUUUCGCGAAACAGUAGUAAAAAUUACAAUGUGAAGGACACAUUAGCUUGUGCUUAUGAUAUAGUUUGCCAAGGCUGUAUAUAUCUGCACGCUUGGAUAAUGAUGACGCAAGCUAAUGAUAACCAGUUCGUAUCCCAUGUAAAGCAUUUUUCAAUUUUUGGCCAGUACUAAAUGCAAAAAGAAAAGAGAC